ACAAAAUCUUCUCUCAAAAGAUUCCGGAAAAAUCGUGAAAGAACAUGUUUUCUGCACUGCAUGCGAAUCUGUUCGUGGUAUGGAGCAACUUUUCUUCGAGACGAUUGACACAAACAAAUGCUGCUUGAAAGACAUUUCAAACCUGAUUCAACUUAUGAGUUUAAUGAAUAUGAAGACCUUGAAUGAGUUCUCAUCUGACAUUAAAGGUUUGGCGUCAAGUAUUGCUGACGUAAGAGAAGACACAGAUGCUUUAACUAAGGAAAUAUUUAACUCCAAUGAAACGGAUGAUGCAGUCGCAACCACCAAUGGAUCCACCCCGAAGGAGAACAUCAUGUGGGCAAUGAUUAUGAAAAAUAACAAAAUACUCAACCUCAUACUGAACAUAAGACGUUCAGUUAUAUAUCUAGUUGGAACAGCUUUGGACGAUGGCAUAUAUUGGUCAGUGGAGACGGCAACUGGCGAUUUAUCAUAUGAAGGAAAUAGUAUUCAUGUAAAAAGUGGUGGACAAUAUAUGAUAAAUUGCAACAUCCACUUCUCAAAGAACGUCUGCGACGGAACAGAAAACAUCGGUUAUACCAUGAACCAAGAAUAUCGACCUAAUGAAGUGCUACCUCUGGCUCGUACUCGAACUGUUUGUCCAACCGGAAGAAGUAUAGACGAGGACCUACAUUUACAAACCAUUCUUCAAGUCGGACUGGGACAACGAUUGACUCUCAAGCUUGAAUAUGACAAAUCCUUACAGUCUAUGAUAUCGAAAUCAAAUCGAAAUCAUUAUAUUAUCAUGUAUGAAAUAUAAGAUAAUAAUAACUCCAACACAUAAAGGUGGAGGGAGUAGGCCAUACUGGAAUCACUGUGUUUUUCUUCUUCACACGUUACUCUAAUUUUAUGUUCACCUUCAAAACUAAUUAUUAAUACACCUACAAUACUGUACUGUACCAUAAUAAAUACCGGGCUAUAAGUUUUUUCUUUAGCGGCUGUAGUUAAAGGAUAGUAAUUCAAUAUAAUUUUAUCUAAAAUAUAAUUAAACCGUAUUGAUUGGUAUAAAAAUAAUAUUUCGAUCUGAUGUUCAUAUCUAUGGCUGUUGCAAAGACAAUUUUCUUUUUAGAAAUAAAAUUUUGAAAUUACUGCCACUGUUCAAUAUACAAAUGUACCAAACAAGCUAUUGUGCUAUCCGGUUGGCAUCGUGGGGAUACCCACGGUCGAACCAUUAACAGCUAUUAAUUUUAUUAUUAAGUUACAUGUUUAUCAACCGUGGGUAAACCAACGAUGUCCUGUUGAUUGCUCUUGACCAUUAAGCACAUAUUAUGAUAUUUUCCCGCACAAUAUAUGCUACACACUGAAAUACUAAUAUCACAUAGUAUUAUGCCAUUAAACAUAACCUUUAAAUCAUAAAAUGUAAAAUCACUCUACUGAAACAUGUAAAAGACUUACCUUUAACAAUUACAGCUCGAUUAGGAUAAUAGUAGAGUGACUCGACGGUCCAGUAACACCCUAUCAUAUUAUACAAGUUAUCUCUAGUGAAUCAGCUUAGUGACAUUUCUUACAAAUAUCGAAAUAUACAAACUGUCGACGUAAAGAUGUAACGGACUUAGCCGUACAUUUUUCGCAAAAUUGAAAUUCUUGUAUUUUUUGUUUGUUUUUGUAUGCCUGUAUUUUUGAAAUAUAUAUUUAAUAUGUUUUUUUAUACAUGUUGUAUAUAUUAACUUUUUAAAUUGUCAUAUUUCUCAAUUUAGAUUAGUUGGCGCUCUGUGUACAACGUGCUACACUGGGCAAGUAUUCAUUGUAUCCGGUAUAUCUUAUAUCAUUGAAUAGUUAGACAGUAUGACAAUAUAA